AUGUUAGGUUUUAAAAAUUUAAUUUUUUUAUCAAUUCUUUUGGUUUUGGUUUGUAAUGGAUCACCUUUAAUGAAAUUAGUGAAUUUAAACAAAAGAAAUGGAUCUGCAUUAACUUAUCUACAAUCUGCUUCAACACAUGAACGUCCAACAACCCAUCAAAAACGACAAAUUGUGAAUACAGGUGUAAGACCAACCAUCAUUCAAAACGGAGUUCCAAUCCAAACCGGAGCAUAUCCAAUCCAAACCAAUGGAUACCCAAUCCAAACCAAUGGAUAUCCAAUCCAAACCAAUGGAUACCCAAUCCAAACCAAUGGAUAUCCAAUCCAAAACUCUCCAAUCAUCACCAACACUCCGAUCAUCACCAACACUCCAAUCAUCACCACCACUCCAAUCCUAAGUAACAAUCCAAACCUAAAUAAUCAACCACAAUUAGGAGGAAUUUCAACAAACGGAGCAGGUGUUAUACAAGUUCCACCAUUUUCAAAUGGAGGACGUGGUCGAAAUGGAGUUGGUGGGAAUGGUAGACCAACUGGUUUCUAA